UCAAUUUAGCUCAAAUCCAUAAAAAAGAAAACGAGGUAGUUUUAGGCAGUGAAAUGAACUGAACGGGGAUAAGACUUGUCGGAGAGUGAGUAGGUUGUGGUCGGCGACGCACCAACACGCAAAUGGCUGCUAUCAUUGGCGUUGGCGCCGCAAAAGCGAUAACAAUGGCAAUAGCAGCGAGGCCUUUUCGCCUGAAGCCUUACACCGCAACGACGGCACUUGCUUUUCUGUCACUCCACAAAUCUAUCUUCCUCCCUCCUUCUCCCUUCCCCUCGCGCCGCUCCUUCUGCGCCGCCGCUCUUCGAACUUCCGGCAGCAGAGUAGAACAGUUCCGCAAAAAGCUUAGGGUUUCCGAAAUCAAAGAAGGCGAUGGUGCCGACGUUCUCGGCCGCGACCUCGUCGUGCAGGGCUGGGUUCGCACGCUUCGCCUUCAGAGUAGCGUCACCUUCAUUGAGAUUAACGAUGGUUCUUGCCUUUCUAACAUGCAAUGCGUGUUGAACUCCGAGGCUGAAGGUUACGAUCAGGUAGAAUCUGGCUUGGUUACCACUGGUGCUUCCGUGUGGGUGCAAGGAGUUUUGGUGAAGAGCCAAGGAUCCAAACAGAAAGUGGAGUUGAAGGUCAACAAAAUAGUGCUGAUUGGCAAGAGUGAUCCCUCUUUUCCCAUCCAAAAGAAAAGAGCGAGCAGAGAAUUUCUAAGGACAAAAGCACAUCUUCGUCCAAGGACAAAUACUUUUGGUGCAGUUGCAAGGGUUAGGAAUGCGUUGGCCUAUGCUACACAUAAGUUCUUCCAAGAAAAUGGGUUUGUUUGGAUCUCAAGUCCCAUCAUAACAGCUUCAGAUUGUGAGGGAGCGGGUGAACAGUUCUGUGUUACUACUUUGAUACCAAGUUCUCAAGAUACUACGGAUUCUCCUGUUGAUGUAAUUCCAAAAAAGAAUGACAGAUUGAUUGAUUGGUCACAAGACUUCUUUGGAAAACCAGCAUUCUUGACUGUUUCAGGUCAACUCAAUGCUGAAACUUAUGCAACCGCUCUCUCUGAUGUGUAUACCUUUGGUCCCACAUUCCGAGCAGAAAAUUCCAACACUUCUAGGCACUUGGCUGAAUUUUGGAUGAUUGAACCGGAGCUUGCAUUUGCUGAUCUUAAUGAUGACAUGGCUUGUGCAUCUGCUUAUCUCCAGUUUGUAAUAAAAUAUAUUCUCGAUAACUGCAAGGAAGACAUGGAGUUUUUUGAUACAUGGAUUAGUAAAGGAAUCAUUGCUCGCUUGAGUGAUGUAGCAGAUAAAGAUGUUGUGCAAAUAACCUACACUGAAGCAAUAGAUCUGCUGUCAGGAGCAAAUAAGAAAUUUGAAUUCCCGGUGAAAUGGGGUUGUGAUCUUCAGAGUGAACACGAGCGCUAUAUAACUGAAGAGGCAUACAAUGGAUGCCCAGUGAUAAUUAGAGAUUACCCAAAGGAUAUUAAAGCAUUCUAUAUGCGACAGAAUGAUGAUGGAAAGACAGUUGCAGCCAUGGACAUGUUGGUUCCAGGGAUUGGUGAACUUAUUGGUGGAAGCCAAAGGGAAGAAAGGCUUGAGUAUCUAGAAGCUCGUUUAGAUGAAUUAAAGUUAAACAAGGACGCAUAUUGGUGGUAUCUUGAUUUGCGUCGAUAUGGUUCAGUACCUCACGCAGGCUUUGGUUUGGGAUUUGAAAGGCUUGUCCAAUUUGCAACAGGAAUGGACAAUAUAAGGGACGUUAUUCCUUUUCCUCGGACACCUGGGUCGGCAGAGUUUUAGAACUUGCAGAUAUACUCAAAUAUCGACUCAACAUUCAUUUGUACGAUUCAAACUCUAUUUUAGGUAAUAAAGUUUCUUGCAUCUUUUCGUUUUUCUUUUUA